AUGAGCGGCUUGUUAAAGAGCAAUCUGGGCCAACUGGCAGACAGUUUUCUCAAAGGAUCAGAUAGUGGGAAUGCCGGGCAGGAUGCCAAGUACUUUCAAAGAGGCAAGAUCCAAGAACUACGAACAGAGCUCAACUCGGACAAGAAGGACACCAAACACACGAAAAAAAAGGUCGUCCUAAAGAAAAUCGUUGCAAAUAUGACUAUGGGGAACGACAUGUCUCCCCUCUUCACCGAUGUGGUGGCUUGCAUGUCGAUACCCUCCCUCGAAAUCAAAAAGAUGGUCUAUCUGUACUUGAUCAACUAUGCUAAAUCGAAACCGGAUAUAGCUCUUAUGGUGGUAAACUCGUUCACAAAGGAUCUGUCAGACAUGAAUCCUCUCAUCCGAGCACUAGCAAUCCGAACAAUGGGUUACAUCCACGUAGACAAAAUAAUGGACUCGCUUUGUGGUCUACUUCGUACCUGCCUGACCGAUAGAGACUCUUAUGUGUGCAAAACAGCCGCCAUGUGUGUGGCCAAAUUGUACUCGUACGACAAGCAUCUCGUGCAAUCUGAAGGUUUUUUGGAUUUGCUACGUGGAUUGCUGAAUCACGAGAAUUCAACGGUGGUUGCUAAUGCUGUUGUCGCGUUGCUCGAGAUAUCGGAGAAGAGUGAUACUCUAGACUUGGUGCUGGAUGUUGGGACUGCUAAUCGGUUGUUGACUGCUUUGAACGAGUGCACCGAAUGGGGACAAACAUAUAUACUAGAGGCAAUGAUGUUUGUAGUUCCCCAAGAACAUGCGGACGCUGAAUUGUUGGCUGAACGAAUAGUGCCUCGUCUUCAGCAUGCGAACUCAGCUGUAGUCUUGACUACGGUAAAGGUCAUUCUUUACUUGAUGAAUUAUAUCGAGAGUGAAGAUAUAGUUAAUGGGCUUUAUAAAAAGCUUGGACCGCCACUAAUCACCCUCUUGCACAAUGGUCCUGAAGUCCAAUACGUAGCUCUCCGAAACAUCCAACUGGUCCUUCAAAAGAAACCAGACCUCCUCAUGAAGAACGAAAUGAAGGUCUUCUUCUGCAAAUACGAUGAUCCGAUAUACGUCAAACUAGCUAAACUCGAAAUCAUGUUUCGAUUGGCUAAUGUGACUACCGUUGACCAAGUCUUGUCUGAAUUGAAGGAAUACUCUGUGGAAGUUGAUGUCGACUUUGCUAGGAAAGCUGUUAGGUGUAUUGGACGAUGUGCAAUCAAGAUUGAGAGUGCUGCUGAUAAAUGUGUUGAUGCUUUGCUGGAGUUGAUUACUUCGAAAGUGUCGUAUGUCGUUCAGGAGGCUGUUGUAGUCAUCAAGGACAUUUUCAGAAAAUAUCCAAACAGAUACGAAUCCAUCAUCGGCACACUCUGCCAAAAUUUGGAUUCUCUGGACGAACCAGAAGCCAAAGCAUCCAUGAUUUGGAUUAUAGGACAAUACGCAGACCGCAUAGAAAACGCCGACGACCUCCUAGACUCGUUUUUGGACUCAUUCAAAGAAGAAGCACCUGAAGUCCAGUUAUCUUUGUUGACUGCUGUGGUUAAAUUAUUCAUUAAACGACCAUCCGCUGGACAAGAGCUGGUUCCAAAAGUGUUGAAAUGGUCUACUGAGGAAGCUGAUAAUCCGGAUUUGAGAGAUCGCGGGUUUAUAUAUUGGAGGUUACUUUCUACUGAUCCUGUUGCUGCCAAGGCAGUAAUUUUAUCAGACAAACCACCGAUAUCCACUGAAACUGACAAUAUGGAUUCAGCCCUACUGGAUGAAUUAUUACUCUCCAUUGCUACAAUGGCUUCCAUAUAUCACAAACCUGCUGUUUCAUUCAUUGGUGGAUCCAAAUCUAGAGUAGUCCCACAAUCAAGGGCUUUGGUAACUCCUGUUAUGAGAAGGACUGCUGCUAAAGAUCCUCCAGCCAAAGUACAAAGCCUAUACGAGAAUGGUGUAAUGUCGAAUCCAUACGCCAACGAUAUCAAUCCAAUGCGGGAUUUGAACCUCUUGGAUUUGGAUCCAGUGGAGCACACUAAUGUCGAUGAUGGAUAUGCUGCCUUUGGUGGUAGCAAUAAUGAUUUCAUGCCUUCUAACAUGGGUAGUAUGGGUAACUUUGGAUCUAAUGAUUUCAACUCCAAGUCGGGCAGUGGCAACACAACAAUAAUAGAAACCAAGAAAACCUUUUCGUCAACCACGAUAACACAACCUGGUAACAUGAUACAACAACCAUUCAGUCAAGCACCUGUACCACAAGCUCAAUCUAAUAUGAUGGUGCUGGCCAAUACCGUGAAUGCCAUGACGUUAGCGGCUUCCAAUCAUGAAGGUGGUGGUGGUAACAAUGGUGGUAUAACGGACUUGAUGUCGUUACAGCUGCAGAAUGGAUUUGUCCCACCCAAGAGUGUUUAUAUGAAUGCUCAGAGUGGACGCGGGUUGGAGGUGCAAGGAACUUUUGCUAGACGGCAACGUGAGAUAUAUAUGGACUUGACAUUCACGAAUCGAGCAUUACAGCCUUUGACUGAGUUCUCGAUACUCUUCAAUAAGAAUACAUUUAGUCUAACGCCAGCUCAACCCCUCCAAGUACGGGUGCCACUCUUCCCAAACCAAUCGUCAGAAACAUCCCUCCCACUUAAAAUCGAAGCACUCCCCCAACUCUCAAGCCCAGUAAACAAUCUGCAAAUAGCGCUGAAAUCGAAUGCUGGAAUAUCAUACUUCCAAGUCCUCAUACCGCUUCACGUAUUGUUUAUCGAGAACGGACAAGUGGAGCAGAAUGAAUGGCUCCAGAUGUGGAAGCAGGAUAUACCUGAUAGUAAUGAAGUAAAGAGGACGUUGAAUGGGCUGGUGUUUGGGAAUGGUGGUGGUAAUGGUGUGGAGUUGGUUAGGAGCAAGCUGGCGCUGAAUAAUGUGUUUUUGAUUGCUCAGAGGAGCAUUGAGUCUGGUUUGGUGGUAUUGUACACAUCAACAAAAUUACAAGAUGGAACUGCCUUCCUCUCUGAGAUCAAGUUUGAUGGUGGUAUGAGGAAUGCACUCGUGUCGACCAAAUCGUAUGCAGCACAUUUGGUUGGAGUGUAUCAUGAUGCUCUUGACGGAAUAAUGCAUCAUGUUUAA